UCAGUUCGACAUAACGAUCGCAAUGGUUUCGAAUCAUUAUAAUCUAUUGAUCAGUUCACAUAAAGCUCUGCUGCAGUUAAGGAAGUUUCGAACGAGGAGCAAAUCUUUGGUCAAUUUUUCUGUGACUUUCUAAGCAAUCUAGUGCUCGGAUUUUUACGAUGAUUUCGCGUGUUAUUACCUCGUCCGCACAGACAACGCGUCGACUUAUUGCUUUAUCGCGGUGUGCAUUUGGUAGUGAGGUGAGCAGACGCCAUGCUAGCUACGAGCGUAACCUGGUGCAGUCUCCAUUUGGGAAUGUUGAUAUCCCAAUGCAGAACGUGACCGAGUACAUCUUUGAAGGAUACGAGAAGUACGCAGAUAAACCAGCUGUGACAUGUGGUGCUUCGAAGCGCUCGUAUACAUAUGGCACGAUCCAUGAAAUGACAAUGCGCAUGGCCCGUGGUUUAAUAUCCCAAAAAGGAUGCGCAAUGCGUAAGAACGAUGUACUGGGUUUGCUGCUUCCAAACAUUCCAGAAUUCGUGCCAGCUCUGCAUGGUGGUCUAAUGGCUGGAUUGACCGUAACGUUCGCCAAUCCCCUUUACACAGCCGAGGAAGUGUGUCGUCAGUUCGAAAAUGCUGGUGUAACGGCUAUUGUCACGUUACCGAUGUUGCUACCUGUUGCGGAAUUGUUCAAACAAAAGGUGAAACAAUACCGGGGAACAAUCUGUAUCGGUGGGAAACACGACGUCGACAAGAAUAUUUAUGGCUUCGAGCAAUUUCUGAUGGAAAAUCAUACAAGCGAACUGCCUGAAAUUGACUGCCAUCGGACCGCCAUCCUCCCAUAUUCGUCCGGGACUACGGGAAUGCCAAAAGGUGUUGAGCUUACGCACUACAAUCUGGUAGCCAAUCUAGCUCAAGGAUCGCAUCCAACAAUCUCCAAAUACUACCAACCGGAAUAUAUUGAUCGCAAAGACACGAUUCUCACAAUUCCUCCUUACUUCCAUAUCUACGGGUUAAAUGGAAUUUUACAUUCAGUGCUCAAGUCGAAACACCACAUUGUAUCGAUUCCAAGAUUCAUUCCCGAUGAUUACAUCCAAUGUCUUGCCGAGUUCCGGCCGCAAUUCCUGUUCGUCGUUCCCUCGCUGCUCCUUUUCCUCGCCACCCAUCCCAAGGUAACGUCGGAUCUGCUGUCGAGCGUCGAAUCGGUGCUCGUCGGAGCCGCUCCGGCCUCGCUGCAACUGCAGGAAAAGUUCCGGCACAAGGUAGGCCGCGACAUCGACAUUGCGCAGGGUUAUGGCAUGACCGAAAGCUCCCCCGUCACGCUGUGUACGCCAUUCCGCUACGAUCAAACAAAGGUGGGUACCUGUGGCCAGCUGUAUCCGAACACCGAAGCGAAGAUAGUGUCGCUGACCGACGGCAGUAAUCUUGGGCCGCACCAGAGCGGCGAGCUGUACAUCCGGGGACCGCAGAUCAUGAAGGGCUACCUAAACAACGAAGCCGCCACCAAGGAGACGCUCGUCGAAGGAGGCUUCUUGCGCACCGGCGACGUGGCCUACUACGACAAGGACGGAUACUUCUUCAUCGUCGACCGAACGAAGGAAUUGAUCAAAGUCAAAGGCAAUCAGGUUUCCCCAACGGAGCUGGAAAACAUUAUCCUUGAGUUGCGGGAAGUGGCUGAUGUCGCCGUGGCAGGUAUCCCCGACGAAGCGGCCGGUGAAUUGCCGCGGGCGUUUGUGGUGCUUAAAGCCGGAACGGACCUCAGUGCAUCCGCAAUUGCUGAACACGUAAAAGAGCGCGUUGUGAAGUACAAACAACUAGCCGGUGGUGUGCUGUUUGUGAAAGAGAUUCCCCGGAACGCUGCCGGCAAAGUUAUCCGGCAGCAGCUCCACAUGCUUGCCGCACAGUAUGAAGACUGAACGGGCCUAACGUGUAGAAUGUGUAAAUGGUUUGUGAAUAAAAGUAGAUAAUCUUCCGGUGU